AUGGCGUUGAAACAGCUUGUCGGGCAAAAAAUCUUGCAAGAUGUCAUCCGGGACCAAAGAGAAGAAGACAAAUGGAAAAUCCUUGUGCUGGACCGUCUAUCCACAAGAAUCUUGUCUUCCUGUUGCAAAAUGACGGACGUUAUGCAAGAGCGAAUCACAUUGAUUGAAGAUCUGACGAAGACCCGUCAGCCGAUGACCAACAUGGAAGCAAUUUACUUCAUCUCUCCUUGCGACGAGUCCAUAACGAAGCUCAUCAAUGACUUUAAAACGCGCAACACCUACACUGGCGUUCAUCUCUACUUCACUGAUACCGUCCCUGACUACCACAUGGACGAGCUCAAAAGCUCCCGGGUCAUCAAAUUCAUCAGAACCUUCAAAGAAAUCAACAUCGCCUUUUUACCUUAUGAAUCACAAGUUUACAUGCUUGACAAUGAAAAAUCUUUCAAGCGGAUCUACAACUCGAGCGAUCCAGCUGCGCGUGUCGAAACCCUCGAGCGUUAUGCCGAACAGUUGGCUACAUUGUGUAGCUUGCUUGGAGAGUACCCUUCCAUUCGCCAUCAGAGCUGGUCCGAGAAUGCAGUGGAACUCGCGAAUAUUUUACAAGCAAAGCUGAAUGGCUUUAAAGCUGAUAAUCCCAAAAUGGGCGAGGGUGCGUUCAAGGAUCAAACUCAACUGAUCAUCAUCGACCGAAGCUUCGAUCCUGUUACUCCUCUCGUUCACGAACUCACCUACCAAGCUAUGGCACAAGAUCUGCUUGAUAUCGACAACGAUGUGAUGCGAUACGAAACGACGAAUGACCGAGGCCAGACAACGCAAAAGGAAGUCAUCCUCGAUGAAAAUGAUGCUCUGUGGAACGAGUUCCGCCACAACCACAUCGCUGACUGCAUGAGAACCAUCCCGGAACGAUUCAAGAACUUCGCGAAGGAAAAGCGACACAAGACCUCCGAAAACGCCUCGAUCAAGGACUUGUCAAAGAUGAUGCAGGCGAUGCCACAGUACCAAAAGGAGAUCCAAGCAUAUCUGAAUCAUAUGCACAUUGUUGAGGCCUGUCAAAAGCAGUACUCGAAGAACGUGGAGAAGUUGUGCAAGGUGGAGCAAGAUCUGGCAACUGGUGAGACUAGUGAUCGUGAACGCUUGAAAGAACCCAUGAAGAACAUCAUUCCGAUCCUACUAGAUUCAAACGUCGAUGCUCUCGAUAAAAUCAGAAUUAUCCUCCUGUACAUCUACAACAAGGGCGGCAUCACAGAAGAGAACCUUUCAAAGCUCGUGUCUCACGCUCAAAUCAUGGAAAAGGAUGAGUGCAUCAUCCGAAACAUGGCGAAACUCAACGUCCCUAUUACCAUGGACUCUGGUCGCAAAAAGCCACCAACUAUCAACAGAAAAGAUCGCUCAGCAUCAGUCAAAUAUCAGCUCUCCCGAUUUAUCCCUAGUAUAAAGGACGUUAUGGAGUAUGCGAUAGACGGUAAACUUGACGACCGUGUUUUCCAAUUUCUCGCGGGAACUCGUCCGAUGGUGUCUACUGGUGGUGUGAGAAGUGGCGAAGCAAAAAGUGCGCGUCAGCAAGCGCAAGGCGCGAGCGCGCGUUAUCACUGGCAUAAAAAAGAUGGCGACAAGCUUGAGGCGAAAUCGGGGCCUCGAAUCAUCCUCUUCGUUCUUGGCGGAUUGACGUGCUCUGAAAUGCGGUGCGCGUACGAAGUAUCCCGCGAUUACGUCCCUCAGAGAAGUGGUGGCCGCGGAAAUAAUCAAGCCAGAGAGAAGUGGGAAGUUCUCGUCGGGUCCCAUAAGAUGAUCACCCCUUCUAGUUUCCUUCAUGACCUAUCGACAUUAGACGAUGCUCAAAAAUAUGAUCCAUUUCUGGCCACCAUCAACCGCAACACAAAUCAAAAUUCAAACGCAUAUUCCAACCCAGCCUUUGCUAAAUACGGCUGA